CUGGUUGUGUCGAUAAAUGUCAUGUUUUGAGUCCAUUUUUACGCCAACUAAACAACUGUUGGUGACUGAUGAAUCACCAUUGAUAGAUAAGAUCAUAAUGUAGCUCUAGCCGGUGGCGUUUUGAUAUUGCAGUUGAAAGAAAAGAGAAAAACUAAGUCGAUUUUGCCCUUCAAAACCCAUGCCGCUUCGAACAUUGACAAAAUAUGGCCGAUUUCUAUGACCCAGCAGAUCCCACUGAUGGUGUAGCAGAGGAUGUUGGUAAGGAACCCAUUGCGUCACCUCUGUUCAGUAACACUCCUCGUCAGACUAGAAGUUUGAGACGAUCAAAGGAUGUCACCCCUAAAGCUGAUGACAGUGGUCCAAAGAUAAGUUUCUCAAUCAAGUCCGCACCAAAGAUCAUUCCGGUCGAAGACCCAAAGAACAAACCUGAGGAGGAGGCCGAGAAACCGGAACCAAAACCAGUCGACCGCAAGUUAACCAUUGGAUCUGUGCGGUCAAACCGGCUCAAGAGAAACAUUGUCCUUCCCAGGAACACGGCAAUCAAGACCAAGCAAGAGUUACUGUCUGAGGCUGCUAAAGCACGAGCAGAGAAGUCUGGAGAUGACGUGACAGAGGCGAAAAAAGAUGAUGGAUCGUUGGGGAGUGAUGUUAGGAGUAAAGAUGAUGAUGUAGAGGGUGGGAGUGGAGAUAGGUUGUCCGGUGAUGAUACGUCAGCGUGUGUAUGGAAAGCGCGGCAACUCGCUGGGGAUUCUGCCCCGCCUGAGUCUUUGAAAGAUAAAACACGCUCUGAUUCAUCCCGUGAUAGGGCUGAUGAUGACCGUAGAGACAGAAAAAGGGUUGAUCGUGAUCGCAGCAAGUCGCCCCCACAUUACAGAGGUUUGCGUUCGCGUGGUGAUCGUUCCUCUCCACACCGUUCACCAGAUCGAGAAUACUCAUGGAGAGAUAGUCGUGAGUCCGAUAGACGUCGAACGAGGAGCUCGAACAUGGACAUAGACAGUCGUUGGUCAGAUGUUCAAGGAACUGAUCAUGAUAGGUCUGCCCGGAGAUCAUACAGGGAUGAUGACAAUAGGUCUGGGAGGGACACCCAUAGUCGUGAUCAGCGCAGUCCCUCUCCACAAUAUCGCCGUAGAACAAGACGAAGUAUUGAAAGUGAGCGCCGGCAAUCUGUAGAAAAUGAUUCUCGUAAAAUGAAACAAAAAAGUGAAUCAUUUAAUGAUAAACUUUCCGAUUCUGUAUUUUCUGGUAAUCCUCAUGAAUCGGAAAGUGGACGUGGGAGGCAGCAAUCAGACAGCAGCAGAGAAAGAAGAAGUACCAGGGCCGAGCAAGCUGGGCGUCGGUUACGAUCGGAGAAGUCCUUGUCGCCGUCACCUGAACGUCGUAAUGUUCCCUUUGGUAAAUAUGGCGAUAAAGCACAAUCUGAAGUUGCCAUUGUUGCUGAAAAAGGUAAACGAUUGGUCGCAUAUUCACCAGAACCAUCUUCGCCAUUGCCGAGCAAAGUUGAUGUGAUCCCUGUCAAAGCGAGUCUGAAAUUGGUGGACUAUUCCCCAGAUCGUGCUACACCAGAUAGAACAGCAGUGGCACCAACGCCAGAGAAGAUGAGGCCCUCAUCAUCUCGACGGGACAGAAUAGCUAGUCCUGAGGUUGAAGUGAUACGUAAUGAAGAAGCUAGCAUAGGAGAUGAAGAUGAUGAAAUAAGAGUGUCAGAUGCAGGUGUCAGGACAAGACGCCAGAAAGAUCGAUCAAAGUCCGAACGAUCUCCAGAAGUGGUCCCGGAAAGACAGACACGUAGGAGCUUACGUGUAUUUCGAGACCGCCAACCAGAUGAACAAGUUGAAAGUGAGGAAGCACCUGGUCGUAGGUCUGAGAGACAGUCAGAAAGGAAGAAGAAACUCAAGGUGGAUGGGGAUGAUGAUUCGGAAGCAUCUGAGUUGAAGAAAAGAGGCAGAGGCAGGAGUGAGGAGAGGGAAGGUGAGGUGAAUUUGAAAGGAUCCCCAGAGAGGCGAGCUAGGCAGACAUCCCUGGAUAGGAGAACAAGGCAGACAUCCCCGGAUAGAAGAACAAGACAGACAUCCCCAAAUAGGAGAAUGAGGCAGAAGUCCCCGGAUAGGAGAAGUCGAAGAGAUUCCCCAGAUAAGAAAACUAAACAGAAGUCCCUGGAUAGGAAAAAUCUGAGGGAAUCCCCAGAUCGAAGAAGUCCAAAGGAAUCCCCAGAUCGAAGAAGUCAAAAGGAAUCCCCAGAUAGGAGAGACCAGAAAGUGUCCCCAGAUAAAAGAGUGAAGCAGAAAUCCCCUCAUAGUAGAAGUCCAAGGGUAUCCCCGGAUAGGAGUGGUCAAAUUGAUUCCCCGGACAGGAGACGUCAUCACCGCUCCCAAGAAAGAAGAAAUAAGCAGAUUUCCCCGCAUUGGAGAAGUCCGAAGGAAUCACUGGAUAGGAGAAGUUACCAAGAUUCUCCUGAAUCUCGUAGUCAAAAAGAUUCCCGGAACAGACAUUCACAGGAUAUUAGAGGCAAGUCAACGUCCCCGGAAAGGCAUGGUCGGAAAGGUUCCCCGGAUGUGGUGAGAUACAAGGAAUCUCCAAACAAGAGCUCCCAAGAUAGGAGGGGCCUCAGGCAUGAUGAUGAGCUGCAAGAAUCUUCAUCAGACGAUGAUACAGAAAGAGACCACCGCACCAGGAAGGUUAAAGAAAGAAAAUCAACAAUGGACGUUUGCCCCUCACCAGAUCGGCGUCAUAAAGAUGAGGAAAAAAUGUUGACUAGAAAGGAUCAGCAUAGCUCAAGAAGUCAUGUUGAAAAAUCCAAGGAAGAUUGGUCUCCAGAACGGCAUGAGAAGAAAGGAAGAGACAGAAGUCGAUCUCCCAAUUUGAAUAAGAGGAGGACCAGGCAUGGAAGACGCUCUCCUGAUCAGGAAAAAGUAGGAAAAGAAGGCUCAGAGUAUUUUCCAGAAAUUGGAGUGAAAUAUGUCUAUGGUUUGUCAGAUAGGUCAGGGACGGAUACAACAGCUGCAUUGCCAGUUAAAAAGAAAGAAAAAUCUUUAGCUAAAAAGGAAGAAAAGUCACCAGAACGUCAGUCGUCAAGAAGAAGAGAUGCCGAUAUACCAGAUGAGCUUUCUUGGAAGAAAAAGGAGCACCAUAGUUUGCCAGAGAAAAGUCACAGUGAAGAAGAGGAAAAAGAGUUUGCUGAAUUACCUGGGAAAAAGCAUCAAGAUGAAACAUCUCCCAAGGAAAAAGAUCGGAGUAGACACGCAAGAAAAGAGCGACACAUUUCUCCUGAUGGCCCUGUGUUGUUAGAGGAAUAUGUUCCUAAGAAAGAACAGCAUAGCUCGCCAGAUAGUGCCAGGGAAGAAAGAGGCCAUGAUUCCAGGGACAGGGACCACGAAGAGGGAAGGACAAGGAAGAAAGAAUACCAUAGAUCACACGAGAAGUUGCAUCGAGGCAGGAAGGAGGAAGAUACCUCUCCUGAAAGAGGUCACAAACAUGAAGAGAAGAUCAAGGAUCGAAAGUCUGGGAAGCGAGAAAAGAACAGCAUCUCGCCGAAAAGAGAAAUAAGAGAGCAAGAGAAAGGUUUGCAUGAAUUUGUCAGGGAUAUUGGUCUUAAAGAAGAAAGUGGCAGAUUUGAGAAAAGGACUAAAAAUCUUCCGAGGAGUGCACUAGAUAUGCAUAUUGACAUGGCAGCAAUUCCUCUCCCAGACUCAGGAAUUAUACAUGAAUCAAAAGGAAAUGAAGAAUCUCCUCAGAAACCGCAGAAAAAGAAGCAUGAACGGCGUCGCUCAUUGUCACCAGCGGGGAUAGUUGGUGAGGAUGACUCUGCUCAGUUGAGUCAUGACGCGCCAAGACGGAGUGGAAGGCACAAUGAAAUUGAGAAAAGGCGAAGAUCCCGAGAAUUGUCAGAGGGCAAAGAACCCAGCGAUGGCCAACGCCGAAAAGAGAAAAAGCCAGAUGGGGAUGUAAGCUGUGACCUGGACGUUGAUGAUAUAGGGAUCAAGGAUAGGGAUGACAAUCAUCGAAGUAAACGACAGAGGACUAGAACUUUUGAUCCUGAAGUGGAAUUCAGCAGCCCUGUAGUCAAGGAAAAGAUGGAUCUUACAUCUCCCGUGACAGUACCAGAUGUAGCAAUACAAAAACAACAGGAGCCUGAGGUGUUCAGCAUAGAGACCAUACAGAGUAAACCUAUUGCACCGAUUGUCAUAAAUAUGCCACUGGUAAAACCUAAAGACUUAAAUGAUACAAGUCAAAGAACUCAUUCUUCGAUUGCUUUUACUGUGAAGGCAAAACCUAGUCGAAUUAGCACUAACUUGAAGGCAUUUGCUGAUGAGGAGGUGAAUGAGGAACCAGUUGUGACUGUACCGCAGACACAAGCGCAACUCGAUGUACAGAUUGCAAAGUUUCUGGCCGAGACGCAGACUCCAGAGAAAAUAGAGGCAAAGACUGAUGAUAGCCAUAAAGAUGACACUCGGGAUCGGCGACGGUCUAGACGUCGCUCGCCUAGCUUUGAGAGACGAGAUCGAUCUUUGCGUGAUAGGCGAGGUAGGAGGCCUUCUUGGAGUCCUGAUAGGCGGCGCCGCAGGUCUGCUAGCCCCGGUUGGAGGAGGUCAGGAAGUCGUGACAGAAGAGGUGGGAGCAGAGACCGUCAGCAAGGAGCAGGUCGAGAGAGACAGAGAUCUAGGAGUCGAGAUCGCUGGGGGUCGGGGAGUCGUGAUAGGAGACGAUCAGGAAGUCGAGAUAGGUGGCAAGCCAGGAGUAGGGAUAGAAGACGGUCUGGAAGUAGAGAUAGGUCUGCUGGCAGUAGAAAUAAAAGAGCUGAGAGCAGAGAGAGGCCUAUUGGGCCCAGGGACCGAAGGCGAUCGGUAAGUAGAGGACCAGUUGGAUCUAGAGACAGGAGGCGAUCUGGAAGUGGAGGACAAGUAGGACCUAGAGACAGAAGGCGAUCUGGGAGUAGAGGACGUGCUGGACCUAGGGACAGGAGACGGUCUGGGAGCAAAGAGAAAGAGAGGUCUAAAGCUGAGAGCUGGGAAAGACGUAGCUCUGGCAGUGGGGAAACUGAAAAUAUUGCUAAACUUGAAUCGGAAGGUUCAAGCAUUCCGCCAUCUGGAAUUAAAGAAAGGCUGAAAUCAGGGAGUAAAGAACAUGCAUGUAUGCCUGUUCGGUCUGCUAGUCAGGACCGAAAGUCUAAGAGUAGAGAGGGAUCUGUGGCCAGUAACAGAUCUGGCAGUAGGGAUCGGCAGCCCAGGUCUGAAAGCAUAGAUCACAGAAGUUGUCAAAGGUCAACAAGUAGAGAGCGACACUCGCUAAGUACCAGAGGUCGCCAAAGGUCAACUAGUAGAGGUCGCCAGAGGUCAGCUAGUGGAGAUCGACAGAGAUCACCUGGUAGAGGUCGCCACAGGUCAACUAGUAGAGGUCGCCAGAUUUCAGCUAGUAGAGGUCGACAGAGGUCAACAAGUAGAGGUCGGCAGAGGUCAACUAGUAGAGGUCGGCAAAGGUCAACUAGUAGAGGUCGACGAAGGUCAACCAGUAGAUGUCGACAGAGGUCAACUAGUAGAAGUCGACAGAGGUCAACUAGUAGAGGCAGACAGAGGUCGACUAGUAGAGGACGACAGAGGUCAACCAGUAGAGGUCGACAGAGAUCAACCAGUAGAGGACGGCAGAGGUCAUCUAGCCGGGAAAGGAAUGUAAGAAGACAGUCGGACAGGGACAGACGACGGUCACCUAGUUUUGAUCGGAGAAAUCAAGCUAGAAGAAUGUCACCAAGUUGGGAGAGAAGACGAUCAGUCAGCUCUGAAAGGCAGCAGUCCCCUAGUCGAGACCGAAGAGGACGAGCAGGUAGUCGGGACAGGAGAGCUGGUAGCUUUGAGAGAUGGUUUCGUCAGUCGCCUUUUCGUGGCUACAGACGAGACAGACGAUCAGGUACUCCCGAGAAUAGAUGGCCUGUGCAGAAACGAUCACCAAGAUAUCGCCGAUCAGUUAGUCAAGAGCGUCGUGGUAGGUCGACUAGCCCAAGGCGGAGUGAUUUGAGGCGAAGACAACCAUCUCCGUCCCCUGGGAAAAUAUUUCCUGCCGGUCUUGAAGUUGAUGAAGAGGUCUUCGAUAGUGAGAAGGUUAAUGCUGAACUUGAUUUAAAGGAACAGCAAUCUGAAUUUGAUGUUUUCAAAUCCAUGGCCAAACCAGGUCGUCUUGAGGGUUCGUUUGACAGAUCUGGACACGACGUGAAUCGCCACCUGCACCACUCAGGGGUUGAGGAUGACUGGGCCAGGCAGAAAGCAGAUCACUUUCAUGGUGGGAGGUUUCAGAAUAAAGAUGACAGUCGGUACCAGCCAGACCAAGAUUCUCAUAACAGGCGUGAUAAUUUUGAUGAUCGAUUCAAACGUUUUGCACCCCGAGACCAGUAUGGGAGUGGUUUUGGUGAACACCGUUUUGAUGAGGAGGAAAGAGGGGAUCGUAAUGGACGUCGCCAUAUACGCAGAGAACAUGGUCCAGAAAUUGAGAGAAUUUUAGGUCAUCAAAAUGAAGGUUCUAAAAUCCAUGCCCCAAGUGAUUCCUUUAGAGCACACAGCUAUGGAGACUCUGUCAGUGAUCCAAAUAUCUCCUUGCAGAGACCUGGUGUGCCAAAAUCAUCUCAGAUGGGGUCACCACCUGGAUUGAACCUUGCAAACAUUCCACUUCCUGGUCUGCCAGGAAGUCCGAAUUUUUCUUUGCCAGGCCCACUGCCCCCAGUAGCACCUGGGCCACCACACCAACUGUCAACUAUGCCAGGGCCAGCACACCUACCACAAACUAUGCCUGGACCUCCACACCAACAUCCAAUUGCACAAGGGCACCCACAUCAAGCGGAAGUUGAGGGAAAAGGUAGACGUUUGCAGCGUUGUCCCGUUUCAGGGGUCCAUAGAAUUGAAACACUUCGAAGGUCCCCAGGCAGUGCAACCCUGCCAUACUCCGAUAACAAUCAGUCCAUGGAUAUGGAGAUCAGCGACUCAAAUGAUUCGAUGAUGGGGACGGAGGGUUGGGAAGCACCCCCUCCCCCACCACCUCCCCGUGGUGACAUUCAUGUGCAGGAAGUCAGCUCAACUCAAGGUGAAAUAAUACAGGUUAUAUCGGCCAUCAAAACAGAAAGUACAACCAAGCCAGUAUCAGUAAUUCCGAUCAAAACUCUCCCAGCAGUGACCCACCAUACCCCAGAUUCGUCUAUACCAGAGGCCGAUUAUAGGACAGCUAAACUUUCAGCAAUACCUUUAAAUGUUCUUGAGCAUCCCACUUUACUGAGGACUGAUUCAGAUGAUGCAGAUGCUGGUUCUGCGACACCGGUACAAGAUGAGCUGCCUGAUGAGGAGUCUGAGCCAGUCCUGCCUGUCUACCCACCAGAGACCAUCCAAUUCUUACCUGCAGCACCCGCGGCAAUGGGCCACACUUUAGUUCAGGCAGAAGUGGAGAAAUACAAGUCAGUUCCCCCUGUUGGUGACCAGUCGCACUUAAUAGUCGGUGUCACCAAGAACAUUCCUGGUGAAGUCCAAAGCAAAACGGAAGCAAUUCCGUCUGUUGCUGAUAAAAUUUCCUUCAAGUUUAAGAAUGUCAGAAAAGUUCAAGGCCAAUGGGAUUUGGAUAAACCUCGUCAACCAUCAAAAGGAUUGAUAACUGUCCCUCUUACACCAAUGUCUUCGCUACUGAAUCGUCUGGAGGACAAAGUGUUGCCUAAGAGUGAUGCAAAUGCCUCUGUGUUGAGUGCAUUUCAGCCAGAACCUGUGGAAUCCAAACUAGAAUUGUUCAGACCUCUGGAGUCUGUAUUACCAGCAAAAGAAGAUGGUGAGACUGACCGAGUCACCCCACAAGUCAUGCCAUUUAAAGAGGAAAAGAUUUUAGAGCCAAUUCCUGCCCUGUCUGAAGUAACAGAUCAACCAAGCAAUGCUGAUGUCGAGAGAGCCAACGUGCCACCAGUCACAUCAGAUGUGCCAGCCCCUGUGAUAGAGACUGCUCCGACUCGGACUCGUAACGACAACAUCCCAGAAGAAACAGCUCCUGAACCACAGUAUCUUGCCAACAUCCCACCACCCCCUCCUCAAGUGCCAUCAGAACCAAACCGUCUUCAUGUUACGGCCGAAAUGGAUCAAGGGGUAUCCCCACCACAGCCAGUGUUUAAUCAGGAGUUACUGACUACAUUGGCACCAGAGCCAGCUUUAGAUCAAGGGAUACCAGUCCCACCUGAAGAAAAUUUUGCUCAGGAUGUCUCCCUUUCUUCGUCUUACAGUUUUGAUCAGGGACCACCUCCUCCUCCACCACCUUUCCCAGGUCCAUUUCCAAAUUUCCCUGGUAUGCCGCCAGGGUUUCCAGGUUUUCUACCACCAGGUUUCCGACUUCCUCCUCCAGGGAGUUUCCAUCCACCUGGGGUAUUUGGUUUCCCUCCAAGGUUUAGAUUUCCGAUGCCAGGGUUUCCACCCGGUCCACCAGUUCAUCAGCAAACUGAAAUGCUGAAUCUGGAUGAACCACCUCCCCCACCUCCUGCACUGCCAGAAGAAGAACCUAAGCCACGGAACAGAUCUACCAGAAAGUCGAGGUGGGGGCCCGAGGUGUCGGCACCAGAACAACCCUCUGAACCCGUACAAACAGAUACUGCUCCAUCCGGAUUUCAAGAAAAAUUUGCCAAAGCAGAGGCGGUACGAAAGAAAUUGAUGUCCGGUGAUCAGGAAACAGCAGUGCAAGAAACAAAAAGUGAAAUUUGGAUGCCACCAGAACCUUCAGAACCUGCACCAUCAGAGUCUUCAGUGUCAACACCAACAGAGUCGAUCGCCGACUCAACAAGUGCGACGUCAUUGACAUCCCAGGGCUACAGUGGUGUUGAGAGGAUUAAGAUGCGGUCGCUACCACCUGUUUUGCAGAAUCUGAUGCGUAUGCAUCCCGGUGAGGAUUCACGUAGUCCGGACACCGGGAGUGCGGAGAAGAGUAGCAGUGAGAGCGACGACGAAUUUUCAGAUGGUGACACGACUACACCACGAAGGAGACGGAAGUCGCAACAAGAUGGUGAUACUGAGAGUAAUGAAGAUACGCCGUCCCGUCGACGAAGCACCCGCAUUAAAUCGAUUGAACAGAAGAAAGUGAAGGAGAAAGAGGAGGAAGCACGGCGGGAGAGAAUCCGACGUCUGCGAAUGGAGCGUGAGGAACAGGAACGCAAGGAGAAGGAAGAGUAUAUCAGGCGUCGAGAGGCACAGUGUCAAGAAGAAGAGGUCAACUUUAUCAAGCCAUCCUCCCCGAGUGCUGGCACAGCCGGUCCAUUUGUGCGGCCAGGUGCAGUGUCUCCGAAAGGAGACACGCUUCCAAAGGCGGAAAAUAUCAAGAAGCGAUGGCGGAAAUACUGCGAGAUUGAGUUUGGUGGGGAAGUGACCCCAGCUCUGCCACCAUCAGGUUUGGGAUCGACGCAAGAUGGCGCUGCUGAAUCGCCAAGUAGCACAACGUCAAUCGAUGGCAAGUCCGAGAAUGGUGAUUCCAAAAAGGUCCGACUUGACGCGAGGCAGCCAAUUUUCAAGUUAUUUGAAGCAAAACAUGAAAGUGUGGGUCAGCCAGUGCCACCUGGUACCGAGAGCGAAGCGGGCGAUGUGCCGCCAUUGCCACCAUCGCCACCACCUCCACUGCCACCUGUAAUACCUGAAACCACAGAGAAGCCACCCUACUUCGAACCUGUGCCAGAGAAUAUCUACUUAUCUGAAAGGAAAUGGUCCAAGGAACAAAAAGAAGCCAAGCGUAUGGUGUGUGAUUGUACGACCUGCAAAGAAGAUCGUCUGCUCGGCAUCCCGCCGUGUGGCGAUGACUGCCUCAAUAGGAUGCUUUUCAUUGAAUGUGGUAGCCGGUGUCCAUGCAAUGAAAAAUGUACCAACAAACGCUUCCAGAGGCGAGAAUAUUCUGUUGUAAAACCGUUCAAAACAGAAAGUAAAGGUUGGGGUCUGACGGCGCUCGACGAUUUAGAUGAAUCACAAUUCGUUAUGGAAUAUGUCGGCGAAGUUUUGGACUACAAAAAAUUCAAGCAGCGGUGCAAGGAGUACGAUCUGGACAGUAGCGGACCCAAGCAUUAUUACUUCAUGGCGUUGAACGCGGACGAGGUUAUCGACGCAACGCUGAAGGGAAACAUAUCGCGAUUUAUCAACCAUAGCUGCGAUCCGAAUUGCCAGACUCAGAAGUGGACAGUGAAUGGUCAGCUCCGCAUUGGUUUCUUCACGAAGAGAAAGAUUCGCAGUGGGGAGGAAAUCACGUUUGACUACCAGUUUGAAAGAUAUGGGAAAGAAGCGCAGAAGUGUUACUGCGGUGCCGAGAACUGCCGCGGCUUUAUCGGAGCAGAUAAGCGUACGCCGCUCAAGAUUCUGGACAAAGUGGCCAAAGAUUUCGGCCGGGAGAAGGAAAAGAAGAAGAAGAAGAAGGAGAGGGAAAUCUUUGAUGAUCUCUUGUUGGACGAUGAAAUAGAAAAGAUGGCGUCCCACGACGGCAUGAAAACCAAAGCCCACGUUUUACAACUCGCUCGUCUGAUGGUGCGUAGUGAGAACAAUGACCACAGGUUGGCGCUACUAGAGAUCAUGAAGGCGACGAAGGAGCCGGCGUGUUUACGUUUAUUCCUUGAUUAUCAUGGAUUGUCGCUGAUGUGGAGCUGGAUGGCUAGUCUCGGCUCUGGGUCUAGGAACCUCAAACUUCAGAUUUUGUCAACAUUAAAAAUCCUGCCGGUUACGAACAAAACAAUAUUACAAGACAGUAAAGUCAUGGGCGUUGUGCAAAAAUGGGCAGCGGAGUUGGCUAUGCCCGAAUCUUCUUCAGGAGAGACAGACACUGAGCGGGCGGGGUCGGAAACGCCCCAGCGAAGUACAGACAGUACUCAAAAGGUGGACAAUUCAGACAUUUCGGAUAUUGAAUUUACAAAGCCGGAUGAAAGUUACGAGAAAAUGCCGCACAAAAAACGUAAAUUAUUCCAGCAUAUCAAAGAAACCGAUGACAAUAGCUCCGAUAGUGACAGUAGCAAAGUUUCUGGGAUCGUGAACGUUUCAAAGGUUGCCGUGGCAUCGGAACAGGGUACCGAGUCUCAGGCUUCAAGUUUAGAGGGCGCCAUUGAAGAGGAGAACAAAACGGACGACGUGACUUCAGAAUCGCUCGUGAAAAAAAUAAAAUUAGAGGAAAGUCCGACUGAUUCGGAUGUUGUGACGCCAGAUGAGUCGGUGCAAAGUGACAAUACUAAAAUCGAGGAGGACGUCACGGAGGACGUUAAGCCUGACCUGGAGGAUGGCGAGAUCGUGGAAGUGAAAAAGGAAACGACCGUGGCGGACAUUGCAUCAGAGUUGUUGGAAUCGUGGGGCUCUUUGAAGGAUUUGUUCAAGAUUCCGAAGAAGGAACAGCACGAGGAGCGGAAAAGAACGGAGAAAGAAUUAGAUGAUCGAGACCGGGACCAUUAUCGGGAUGAUUAUUACGAAAGAGACCGGUACCGCGACCGAGAUAGAUACUAUGACCGUAGCAGGGAUCGGGACUUCGAUCGAUACAGAGAUCGCGACCGCGACCGCCAUCGUGACCGAUAUGAUCGCAAAAGAAGCCGCUACAGUGAAUCACCUGAUCGGGGAGAUGAUCGCCGAGCGGGAGGCAGCCGUGAUAAACGACGGUCGAGCGUGAGCCAUGACGACGAGAGGGUCCCAAGGGCUUUGUCUGCUAAAAAGGACACUAAAGCAAAACAAAAAAAAUUUAAUAAGCUCGACCCGAGCCUUGCCAAGCUGAGCAAAAAGGAACGCCGCGAGAUGUUUGAGGCCCAGGUGAAGGCACAAGAUGAGGCGGCCGAGACACUGAGGCAGCAAGAGGAGUACAUGCAGCAGCAGAUCCAACAGAUGAUGGAGCAGGGCUUGUUUAGUUAUGAUCCGAAUACGGGACAGUUCAUACCGGGACCAGGUUUAGCUGAUAUUCAGCUUGGUUUUGACCCAUCCCAGAUGGAUCCCAACCAGAUGGAUCCCAACCAGAUGGGGCCUGGAAACAUGCAGCAGAUGGCCAUGGGCAUGAUGAUGCAAGGAGGACCAAUGGGGCCACCCAUGGAUCCGUCACAAGGACAGAUGGACCCCUCAAUGGGAAACAUGCCAAUGGGGCCUAUGGACCCUUCACAAGGAAAUAUGCCAAUGCCAAUGGACCCAUCUCAAGGAUCUAUGCCAAUGGGCAUGAUGAACCCUUCACAAGGCCCAAUGGGGCCCAUGGACCCAUCACAAGGCCCAAUGGGGCCUAUGGACCCAUCUCAAGGACAAAUGUUAGAUGGUUCAGGGGUACCUAUGGACCCCGCUCAAGUUCAAAUGGACCCUACGCAAGGACAAUUCAAUCAGCAAGGACCUGGAGCUAUGGGGUCGAUGAUGGGGCCUAAUGGACCAAUGGGACCUGGCCCAAUGGGUCCGAUGGGACAAAUGGGACCGCCGUUCAUGGAUCCUAGUCAGCAAAUGAUGUUCCCUGGCGGAGGACCUCCUGGAUCAAACUUCCCUAUGCGUCCUCCUUUCAUGCCUCCUCAGGCCCCUCCGUUCAUGCAGCAGAACCAACCUCCGUUCAUGAUGGGUCCGAACGGCCCAAUGAUGCCCAACCAGCCCAUGUUCAAUCAGUCUCAGGGUGCUAUGGGCGGGCCGCCAGUCAGUAUGAUGGGCCAGGGCACGCCCAUGUUCCAACAGAAUGUUACAACAUCCUCUGCGGGUGGUGACCGUCCAACACUCGAACAACGAUGGCAGCAGGUGCAGCAGAAUAUGCCCGGCAUCGAGCCUGAACCCCAGCCUGAGAAGGAGGAGGAAGACCUUCCCCCUCCACCGCCGUCGCCCCCUAAACCCAAGAAACAGAAACUGCCGCCAAAUUGGAAGUCCGCGAAAGACGCCGAGGGGAAGACUUAUUAUUAUCACAGUAUUACAAAACAAACUCAGUGGGACGCACCAACGUGGGAUGGUGCGGAAAGUGAGACAAGACCAUAUUCGUCACCAGCCAUGGACACACCACCACCAUUUGCUAGGUCGAAACGCCACAAAACUACAACUGCUGCUGCUGACACGUCAAGUGAGGACGCAAAACGGUGCAAAGAAUCUUUUAGGACCAAGAUGUCAUCCUACAUCGUACACUGUCUGAAUCCGUUCCGUAAACCCGAGUGCAAACUUGGUCGCAUCUCAACGACCGAGGACUUUAAACACUUGGCGCGAAAGCUUACGCACGCCGUGUUGUCUAAGGAACUCCGAUACUGCCGUCACCCAGAAGAUCUAGAAGUCAACGAAAACGUGAAAGCCAAGGCGAAGGAAUUUGUCAGGAAAUAUAUGUCCAAGUUUGGUUCGACGUACAAAAAAGCACAUUCACCGAUCAACAUGUAAUGACAGCAACAUUUGAUCUAUACUGUAAACUCGGAAAUAAUCGUGUGCAUUUUAUUUAUAUUUCCAUGUUUUUCACGUUUACUGAUUAUCUAAAAAUGUAUGGCCGUGAAAAAGGAAACCUAAUUAAAAUUACUGGUACAGGGUUUUCAAGACGCUACGUUACGAACGUUGGCAAAAAAUGCAAUUUCACAAAACAGCAAAUAAAAUGGCACGAAUAUUUCCAGAUGUUUCCGGUAUUCAACUCUGGGAAAUCUUAUGGCAGCAUAUCCUGUGUCCUUGACCAAACGGUGUUAUCGUUUUGAACGGAUUUAUAUCAAAAUACAAUGAAGCUGAAGAAAAUGACAUUAUUUCGCGGGUCCUUUGACCCCCGUCCUAAGUGAUGAAAAUAGAGUUGCUUUUUGGCUUCAAUUGAACAACUGAUACCAAACUGGAGGUAUUGGAGCUUGUGAAAAUAACGUGUGUCAAAGACUAUUUCUAUAUGAAGGUAUUUACAAUCAAAAACCAACGUAAAAAAUGGUACGUUUGGACUUCAUAGACACAGCUCAAAUUCUGAGUCGUGAUUUCGAAUAUUUCUUUACCUCGCUAUAAAAUAUGGCACUAAAAACUUGAACCAAGUCUGUUGCUAUUGCCUGUAUAAAGUGUAAAGUACAGGAUUUUUCUGUAAAUUUGACGUAAACUGGACAGGUUUGACGGAGUCAUUUUUUGUAAAUAUAUACCGGGUUGAUAAUUCAGAAUUUUAAUUAAAGAGAGUAUUUAGAUGUCAUGAAAGUUGCGUUGACAAUAAUUAGCAGGGCUGAGUUGUUCAAAACAACAUUAACUUUAAUAGAGUCGUUAACAUGAACGUUUUGAUGGGUUAAGAAUCCUUAAGGAUGUUAUCUCUUUCAGUUAGAAAGAGAUAACAUUCUUAAGGAUACUUAAAACGUGAACGGGACCGUCAGGUCAGGAUAACGUGACUUCUGUGCUUUUCAACAACUGGGCCCUGGUCAUGAUGAUCGUAAUUUUUUCAAGGUGAUUAUUAUUAACAGUCUCAAGAGUAUCGUGUAUCAUGAAAAUAGUCAUGAAAUUAUAAUGAAAAGUGUCUUUAAAAUCUGCAUUAAAAAGUAAUUAUGAAUAUCCAGUGGAACCUCACUUCAAUAGCAGACACUUCUAUCAUAGCAAGACACCCUUUGUAUUGGGGACAGGAAUUUUGAUUUUGAUGAUAGGUAAUUUCUAUACACUUUGACCUCUUCACUCAAAACGCUUCUCUAUUAAGAUCAGCAUUUGUCGGUCCUGAGGGUGUCCAUCACUGGGGUGACAUUAGUUUGUUCCAAAUGCUAUAGAUGGCGAGACUUUUGAAUAUUGUUUGAACUCUUGGUCUUGGAUAUAUAACACCACUGUUCUGUAUUGCUCUCCACUGGUAGCGGGGGGGAUCGUAUAGGCUGAAAAAUGGCUUCCCAGCUAAGGGAGGUAAUUUCACACUUUUUGUAAAGGGUGUGUUCAAUACAUUUGAAUGUUUGUUGUCGAUAAAUGGGCAUGUGUACUUAAGAAUGUUGGGGGUUGCCAAAUCAUGGGAAUUGUUAUAAGACAGCACAGAAUCUCUCCGUGCAAUUCAGUAUUGAUAUCAAGAGGUCAUGUUUAACAAGGCCUAUUUUGAAUGAAACAGGAGGUAUGGGGUCUCCUGGCCUAAAAACUGACUUUAGAAGGAUAGUUGCAUAUUUUUGCUGCCUAUUUUUGUGAUGUGAAUUUUGUAUUGCGUGGACCAUGGGCCAAUCUUCCCAAUAUUUGAACGUGGAAGCUGUUUAUUUCCGCUGGAGAGUUUAAAAAGUUUAUCCUGUUUGCUAAGUUUUUUCCCAUGUUUUCGGGCGAAGAAUUUUUCAUGGUUUGUGUACGAAAAUAACAUGUUGUAUUGUGAAUAAAUCAACCUUUGACUUUUUAAUUUGGCCUUGUUAGAAUUUCCCAUCCGACAUCUGGUCAUAUUUUCUCAUUUUAACGAAUAACUUUACAAAUAAUAAGACCAAAAAGGGGUCCUAGCAUUCGAAAUGUUGUUACAUUUGUGUCUGCGGAUAUAAUUUUGAUGGGAAAAACCACAAUGAAAUUUAUCAUCAUCCAAAAACUACGUGAAUACUGGUAACCAUUUCUUAGAAAUUUUUUUAGCACACAUGAAAAAGAGGAGCAUAAUUUUUGUGAUUCACAGAAAAUGAUCAAUUUUGACAGACCCAACUGACAAGUGUCUACUUUGUUUUUUAUUCAUUUCUGAAUGAACUUACCACCAUCUCUCAUUUUUAGCUCACCUCUUAGCAGAGGUGAGCUUAUCCCAUACCGUGGCGUCCGUCGUCCGUCGUCGUCGUCGUCGUCGUCGUCGUCGUCGUCGUCGUCCGUCGUCCGUUAGCAGGGCACGUUUCGUAACUGUUAGAGCUAUUGAGUUGAAACUUGGUACACAUGUACCCUUAUGUAAUGACACCUUGGAGACCAAGUUUCGGUCAGAUUCGUUUCAUGGUUUGGCCACCAGGGGGCCAAACGUUAAAAGUGAAAAUAUGCAAUAUCUCCCUUAAUAGUAGUCGGGAAAUUUUGAAAAAAAUAUGGUAGGUACUUCUAGCAAAUGUGCAUCAUAUAUCCUCCGGGUUUUUGAUUUGACCUCCUUUUCAAGGUCACAGAGGUCAAAUGGUGUAAAUUGGCCGUUAGGAUGUAACGAUGGCACGUUUCUAAACUGCAAUGACUAUUGAUACCAAAUUUGGUACACAUUU